UAUCGAUACCUAGUUGUUGCCAUAAGUGGAAAUAUUAGUCUUUUUGGAAGAGUUCGAGAGUAUCACUCAGUGUGGUAAGGAAAAUGGCUGAUGAAGACAAAGGACUGGUCGCUGGACGUCCAGCAGCAGUCAAGGCCGGCGGAAUGCGAAUUGUGCAGCACAAGACCCCGAAUGCAGAGCGGCCAGCUAAGGAUCCAGUCGAAGUCAUCGGCUUAUCGAAUCCAGCGCCGAACGUGAAUACCGGCGAGGUGGUGCAGAACGCUGCGAACAACAAACACAACGAGCACUCGGUCGAAGCUAGUCAGGUGGCCCAUGCCCAGAAACCGGCGGUGCAGGUUCCUCAAAAGGCAGUGAACAACAUUCAGCAGCCACGGAAGUUUUGAAGGAAUGAUUGUGACAUCAAGUGCAAUACGUGUGUAUGGCACGUCGCAAAGUUUUAUUUCACAUCCGUACGUUAUGGGUAGUCGAUAGCGCGUCAUAAAUUACGCAUAAGAAUGUGUUUACAGAAAAUUCAUAUUACACAUCUGUAUGAUUUUUUUUUUCGAUUCCUUUCUGAAGAUUUGUUUCCAACCAGUUUUUUCUACAACUCGUUUUGAAUUUUGUAAUUUUAGGCCAAUUACGGGAUUAAUUAACUCAUGUUUGCUUUUUCACAAAUCACAUUUCACAAUCCGUAUGUCUAUAUAUUAAACACUGUAUGCACAUAAAACUAAUUUUUAAUUAAAACUUCAACAUUAAUCACGUAAGUCAUGGUGGCACAUAACGUCCAGGAUGGUACUAUGUCAUAAAUUUGUCCUUUUAACAGAAAAUGUAAUCGAAAGAAAGUGAAUUAAAAUAAAUACUAUUAUUGAUACCGUAGUUUUCUAAA